AUGCCUGGCACUGAACACGUCAAACAGAUCUGGGGCUUCGCUGUCCCACAAGAAGCAUUCAAAUAUCCUUUUCUCUUACACAGCAUACUGGCCUUUUCUGCAAAUCAUCUUGCGUACAUCAACCCUUCUAAGGCGGCACACUUUCGCAUUGCUGCGUCUGCACAUCAAAGUGCAGCAUUGACAAGCCUUAACCACGCUGUUGCAAACAUCGGCCAUCUAAACUGUCAUGCCAUUUUUGCUGCAGCUUCAAUGACUGUCAUCAAUGCAUUUGCCGACGCACGAGCGUACGACUUGGACGUUCUAGUUGAAACCUUCCAAUUAGUACGCGGAAUGGAUUAUGUACUAAACAAUGUCACCGACAUGUUGAAGAAGGGCCCCUUCGCAGCCAUUGUCCUACCUGUCGAAGAAACACCCAAGCCGCCGUCCCUGUUGUCUGCCUUUCUCGUAGAAAUUCAAGCGCUGAGUCGUCCCACUACCGCAGAAUCAUCACCAGACGAUCUCGCUGCUGCUAGAGCGGCUGAGGUGCUCCGGAAUGGCCUUCAGUACGCGAUGAAUUCCUCCACUCAUCCAGCCUUGCGGGCAGCAAUGAUAUGGCCGAUCAGCGUCACACCAGAGUUUAUCGAAGCGCUCAAGUCAAGAACACACCCAGGGGUCAGGGCCAUUUUGAAGCACUAUUGCAAGCUUCUGGAGUAUGCAAGUCUUGACUUCUGGUUCUUCACGGGAUGGAGAGGAAUUUCGCAGCACUUAUGA